GGAAAACAUACUUGAUAAAAAUGUUAUAAUGACAAAAUAUCGGAAGAAAUACUAAAAUUUUGAAGAAGGAAUUAUGGAAAUGAAAACUUCAAUGGUCAUGUGUUUGAAAGAAGAAAAAAUGAAUAUGUUGUUUAAAUGGGACAAAGUUAGAUUGAUUUCCGAGAAAUUGUACUUAAUGCCAUUUAUUGUUGCUCUAAUGUCUAUGUAAUAGAUAAUUAUCUGCAUUCUUGAUUAAUGGCAUCAAGAUAUACUUUUUCUUCUUUUGUUUAAAAUAUGUUGAUGUGUUAAUUCUGUCACAUUGUUCACAUUGUAUAUCUGAAUAUCCAAAUGUUUUGAAACAAAGGAUUGACAGCAUACUAAAUAUAACGUGCAUGACCAAAAGGUGAUUAUAAAUGUGCAUACAUGUCGUAAUUGUUUUUGCUACAACAUUUGGUGAUUCAGAGAGCUUUUUGAAAAAGGAACUGGAGAAUUAGAGAACAUGCUAAUUAACUGUUGCUACAGUUUAAUUGAAGUGGUGGAGAGGAUAACGAAGCAUCCUAAACCGGAAGAAAUAGAGGAUUUCAGAAGGACAAUGUUUGCAUGGGUAUUGGAUGUGGAAGAUAUGCGAAGGAUUAGUGGUCAACUGCAGCUAGAAUUUCUAUGCAAUUAUGGGAAAAAGGUUAAACACAAAAAAGAGACAAAUUUCAUUUGUUACCACAUCUAAAACAGUCUAGUAAGUUUUACGCAAAUGAGUUUAUGUGUGUAUUGGGAUUGGAAAUGGAUGGUGUCAAAACUAGCUCUACAAAAGGAGAUGAAGGGACCUUUGUGGAGAAAGUAUUUAGGCAACGCAACAAGUAUGACAAGAAGCGAGGUGUGAAAUGCAUUGAUGAAAUAUAACAGUGAAGACUCAAGAAGUGAAGACAAGGAUUGUAUCAAUCUUGCUCUACUCUAUGUGCUAUCACACUGGUUAUUGAGAACCAAGUGAGAAGGAAAUUACCAAAUUGUUAUGCGAAUUUGGUGGACAACUGGGAGGUAUUCAACACAUAUCUGUGGAGAGAUGAUGUUUGGGCCGAAUUAGUGAAUAACAUGAGGAACAAUACCAAGUGCCUGAAGAAAUGUAAUGCGCAAUGUAUGACACUCCCAUCUGAUACCAUUAGAAGUGUGUGGAACAUUUACAAGGCUCGCAAAGGCAUAUAUAUGCAAUGCCAUUGAAUGGUGAGAGAAAAUAUAUCAAGAGCAGUGAAUGAGGAGUUCAUAAAAACCAUUUGUGAAAGUUUUCACCAACACAAUCUUCAAGAACGAACAUUUUCAAUGGGAAAGAUGGAGCCUGCAAAUUUGGAAAUUGAGAAACUUCCUAACUUAAUGUCCAUUAGAAUGCUAAGAGCAAAGAGGAGAAACAAUUCUGGCAGUACAUGUGGUAAUAGAAUUGAAGGUGUCAAUGUAUUUGAAAAAAGGGGAAGAAUGGGAAGGAGAAUAAGGGAACAACUACAAAGAGUUUGGGGGGAGAAAUGAAGAAAAUGCCCAAUUAGAGGAUGAUGUCAAUGAUGAUGGAACAGUUGGCUUUGAAAAUGAAAGGAAAACCACCGUUAUGUUGAGACAAGUUAGAAAGUUGAGCAAGGAGAAUGUUAAAAUAAUGGCAGAAGUGGAAGAAGUCAAGAAAACACAGAAGAAACAUGACUCAUUGCUCAAAACUUAUAUUGGAAGAGUUUGUUAAACUAAAGAAGGACGGGGAGACAGUGUGCCAAAUUAUAAUAUUUUUGGGUCAGAUUGUGACACCACACCCGAACGUGCUUGAAAGUACUAUUUGAAAUUCCAUAAUGAUGUAUUGAAUUUCUUGCUACCAACCAUGUGUAACACGUGGAAUGUUUCAUGUAACUAAUGUUUUAUUAACUUAUCAUUUGGAUCCGUAUUUCGAGAGCGGGCUUCCAAAUACCUUGAGUGGGUCAUCUUAGUAGAUAUAAGAGCCCAAUGCAAUUUAAACAAAUCCAAAUGAAUACAAG